UGAAAUGUUUUCUCUCUAAUAUUUGCAGUGUCAAGUAGUAUGAACGUUUCGUUAAUGUUUCAGAGAUAACUCUACCCACUGCCUAUGUCAAACUGUAUCGCAUUGGAGUGCUGGAUAGAAUUGCCAGAACUCUUCACCAAAAGCAGCGCUCUGAUGACGAUUAUGAUGAUGUUGAUAAUGAUUAUGAACCAUCAUCAGCUGAUAGUGGGAGUGAAUCGUCUGCAGAAGAGGAGGAAGAAGGCAACAAUGAAGAAAUGGUAGGAGAGGGGAGGGUUAACUGCAAAACUACUUUCAAAACGAAUCAUCGAUGUAUAUUCUGUGCAAAAAGCUUCUCUCGGUCUAGUCACUUAACUUCUCAUUUGCGUAUUCACAGUAAUGAGAAACCUUUCCCAUGUACAAUCUGUACGAAAAGAUUCUCUGUGUCUGGUUACUUGACUGUUCAUAUGCGCACGCACACUAAAGAGAAGCCAUUCCAGUCUGUACAAGAAGUUUCUCUUAGUCUGAUAAUUUAACUACUCAUAUGCGCACUCACACCAAAGAGAAGCCUUAUCAGUGUACAGUCUGCACCAAAAGAUUCUCUCAGUCUAGUGUCUUGACUAAGCAUAUGCGGACUCAUACAAAAGAGAAGCCAUUCCAGUGUACAGUCUGCAUCAGAAAGUUCUCUGUGUCUGGUGCCUUGACUAUGCAUAUGCGUACACACACCAAAGAGUACUUUUCAAUGUACAGUCUGCACCAAAAGGUUCUCUCAUUCUGGUGCCUUGACUGUUCAUAUGCGGACUCAUACCAAAGAGAAGCCUUUUCAAUGUACAGUCUGCACCAAAAGGUUCUUUCAGUCUGGUGCCUUGACUGAUCAUAUGCGGACUCAUACCAAAGAGAAGCCUUUUCAAUGUACAGUCUGCACCAAAAGGUUCUCUCAGUCUGGUGCCUUGACUGUUCAUAUGCGGACUCAUACCAAAGAGAAGCCUUCUCAAUGAAUAUUUUGUAAAAAAAUAUUCUACAUGCUGAAUCCAUUAUCUAGUCAUUUUUUAAAGAUUCAAUAUUCCGAAACUUGUUGAUUUUUGUUGUAUUUUAUAUUUAAAAGUUUUUUUAAAGUGUAUUAUGGAAUUAUUUUUCAACUAACAAAUCACUUAGCCCUGAUGAAGUACUUUAUUAGAAAAUAUUCUAUUCUAUUUACUCAUAUCAUAGAGAAACAAUAGCGUAAGUAGAUAUCCCAUGGUAUAUGGCGUUUAUUUCGCAACUUUUACUGUUAUUUCAAGCCGAUUAUUGUCGA